CCUUUAUUGAACCCCACUAUCUUUAUUCGCAUACUAUAUACAAUGACAAAGGAAAGGGCGGUCAAUCCGUUUAUUGUACAGACCCAACCGGGUCCUCAGACGCUUAUUUCACUAGAGGAGUUUCUCAAAAUCCUGCCGAUCCUCGCCCCCCAACAAGCCCCGCAGGCGAGCCCCAGUGGUUCCUCCAGUUGGUCGUUCACCCAGGGAUUGCUUAUAGGUCAGGUGUCAGUGCUCGUUGUGAUUGCUAUUUUUGUCAAGUUCUUUGUGUUUGCAGAACACCCCAAGCACCAGCCGGUCUCAACCAAAGUCUCCAUCGCCGGGAAGUCGUCCAAGACGGGCAAGUACAAUACCCAGGCCAACAAGACAAGAGACCUCGAUCAAAUUAUCAGUACGUCUACAAUUCUAGAGAAAACGUACUAUGACGUGAAAACCCAUACAUCUGAGACCCUUGACUGGUUUAAUGUGUUGAUUGCCCAGACCAUCUCCCAAUUCAGGUCCGAGGCCUUGCUCCGUGACAACUUGUACCAUUCGCUCGACGACUACCUCUCAAAUACCGAGUUACCAGAUUAUCUUGAUAAGAUCAAAAUCACCGAUAUAGAAAUCGGUGACGAUUUUCCGAUCUUUAGUAACUGUCGCAUCAGACACUCAGAUCACAACGACGCCCUGGGUAGCGGAAGGUUGGAAGCCAAGAUUGAUCUAGAUUUGUCAGAUACCUUGACCCUAGGAAUCGAAACAAAGCUCCUUAUCAACAAACCGAAGCUCAUGACCGCAUCCUUGCCCAUAAGUCUCAAGGUCAGUAUCGUCAGAUUCUCCGGCUGCUUGACUGUGAGUUUGAUCAACGCCUCAGACGAAUUGUUUGACACCGAUGACAAGGCUGAAACUACAAUCCCGCUCAGAGAUGAAGACGGUUCUUCUGCAAAGUCUGGAGGCACUGCACUUUUGUUUUCCUUCUCACCUGACUACCGCUUGGAGUUCCAGAUAAGCUCGUUGAUUGGCUCGCGGUCGAAAUUGCAGGACGUUCCAAAAAUUUCCUGGUUGAUUGAGUCUACGUUGAGAAACUGGGUGAUGGAGCGGUGUGUGGAGCCCCGCUACCAGUUGAUCAAAUUGCCGAGCAUGUGGCCGAGACGGAAAAAUACUCGUGGUACUACUCUGUCCGGAGAUAAAACCACCAGCGAUGAUUAGGGUGUGAUGGUUGCAGGGUUAUAUAUCGGCAUGCUUUCUCUUCAUCCAGUAGUAAAGAUGAUUCACAAAUGAAGGGAUCAACCUAAAUUUGAUCUUCCAAUACCCAGAGGCCUGUUUGGUACUCAUAUUGCGGGUUUAUAAACUGAGUAAGAAAUUAAACCAAAAGUGUACUCAAAUAAUCAAGAUUUUAAGACUACAGGGAAAUAUUCUGUACAAC